AUGGCAGCGCGGUCCCGGCGCCCCUGGCUCAGCGUGAUGUUGGGGCUGGUGCUUGGCUUCACCGUUGCCUCCUGGCUGAUUGCCCCCAAAGUGGCCGAACUGAGCGAGAGGAAGAGACGCGGCGGCUUUUCGAGCGGCGGCGUCGGCGGCGGCAGCAGCCUCUGUUCUUACUACGGCCGGGCGGCUGGGCUGCCCGGGGGCAAGAGGCAGCUGCAGCCUGAGGCCAGGGCGGCAGCCGCGGCUGGGGAAGGGCUCGGGGGCGCCAGCCUGGGAGAACGGGAGCCGCCGCCGCCGCCCCCCGCCGCCGAGGACGAGCCUGUGCCCAGUCCGCCCAUCGCCGCUGCUGUUGCCGCCGGCGGCGGAGAAGGAGACCCGCAGGAGGAAGAGGAGGGGGAAGAAGGCGCCGGCCGCCACGGCAGCAGCAGCCCCAACGGGAGCGGGGACGAUGCAGGCGGCCCGGGCUGCGCCAAGGCUCGCCACUUCCUCUACGUGGGGGUCAUGACUGCCCAGAAGUACCUCAGCAGCCGAGCGCUGGCGGCGCAGCGGACCUGGGCGCGCUCCAUCUCCGGCCGCGUGGAGUUCUUCUCCAGCCAGGGCUCCGUCCCGCCGCCCGCUUUGCCAGAAGAGCAGCCGCUGCCGGUCAUCGCUUUGCCCGGAGUCGACGACUCCUACCCGCCGCAGAAGAAGUCCUUCAUGAUGCUCAAGUACAUGCACGACCACUACUUGGACGCCUACGAGUGGUUCAUGCGGGCGGACGACGAUGUCUACAUCAAAGGGGAAAAAUUAGAGGAAUUCCUAAGGUCACUGAACAGCAGUAAGCCUCUCUAUUUGGGGCAGACAGGACUGGGAAAUAUUGAAGAACUUGGAAAAUUGGCUCUUGAGCCAGGAGAGAAUUUCUGCAUGGGAGGACCUGGGAUGAUCUUCAGUCGUGAAGUUCUUAGGAGGAUGGUACCACACAUAGGUGAAUGUCUUCGAGAAAUGUACACUACUCAUGAGGAUGUAGAAGUGGGCCGAUGUGUUCGGCGGUUUGGUGGAACUCAGUGCGUUUGGUCUUAUGAGAACAUCCUCAGCCCUUUCCUUCUUGCUGCAGCCCAUAUUGAUCUGUGUAAUGCCGCUUCUGGGGGCAUGAGGGAGAAGUCAGUGAAACCUGCCUCUGUUCCAUUUGCGGAAAUCUUCCACUAG